AGGAACAGCUGGUGGCGGGGAGCGGAGGGAGGAGGGGGAGGUGGGAGAAGAGCCGGGCUGCCCGCGCUGCACCAAGCAGCCACCUCUACCUCCUCCUCCUCUUCCUCCUCCUCCUUGCACCAUGUUCGCCCAGCUGGAGCGGUGCGAGGGCGAGUGGCACGAGCUGGAGGAGGAAUUCCAGGAGCUGCAGGAAACUCACAAGGUCUACAGGCAGAAGCUGGAAGAGCUGACCACGGUCCAAGCUGUUUGCAGUAGCUCCAUCAACAAGCAGAAGAAGAGGCUGAGAGACCUGAAGUGCAGCCUCCAGAGGUUCAAGCGCCAUGCCACCUGUGAGGAGGCGGAGCUCAUCCAGCAGAUCAGUGCCAACAUCAAGGAGCGGCAGAAUGUUUUUUUUGACAUGGAAGCUUAUCUGCCCAAGAAGAAUGGGCUGUACUUAAACCUGGUCCUGGGCAAUGUCAACGUGACUCUCCUGAGCAACCAGGCCAAGUUUGCCUACAAAGAUGAAUAUGAGAAGUUCAAGCUCUACUUAACAAUCAUCUUGUUACUUGGUGCUGUGGCUUGCAGGUUUAUUCUUCACUACAGAGUAACUGACGAAGUGUUCAACUUCCUGCUGGUUUGGUAUUAUUGCACCUUGACCAUCAGAGAGAGCAUUCUCAUCAGCAACGGAUCCAGGAUCAAGGGCUGGUGGGUGUCUCACCACUAUGUGUCCACAUUCCUAUCUGGAGUGAUGCUCACCUGGCCAAACGGACUCAUCUAUCAGAAGUUUCGCAAUCAAUUUUUAGCCUUUUCGAUUUUUCAGAGUUGCGUCCAGUUCCUGCAAUAUUAUUACCAGAGCGGCUGCCUCUACAGACUACGGGCCCUCGGCGAGAGAAACCACUUAGACCUCACAGUGGAGGGAUUCCAGUCCUGGAUGUGGCGGGGCCUCACCUUCCUCCUGCCAUUCCUCUUCUGUGGCCAUUUCUGGCAGCUGUAUAAUGCUGUCACCCUGUUUGAGCUCUCCAGCCAUGAGGAAUGUAAAGAAUGGCAGGUUUUUGUCUUGGCUCUCACGUUCCUGGUACUUUUCCUUGGCAACUUCCUGACCACGCUCAAAGUGGUGCACACGAAACUCCAGAAAAACAGAGACAAGACGAAGAAGCGGUGAGGGCUCGGUGCCGGAAGACUCAGACCCUCGGCGGCAGGGAAGGGGGUAGGGGGAGUCUGGGGCUUCCGUCACUGCCGCCGCCCCACUGUGGGGAGGCCCCCAGCCCGCAACUCCAGACGGAAGAAUGUGAACUGUCCCAGCACGGACCUUGUACAGUAUUAUUCCCCCCGCCUGCCUGCUGCUGGCUCUUAUUUAUGUGCAUAUUUAAUCCCAGGCUCUCCUCACUUGCCUGGAGUUGGAGAUUUCUUUUUCUAAACCCCCUUUUUUGUUGGGGGAGCCCUCUGGGGACCCAUCUCCCCACUGUAAAUUGGGGUGGGGGGUGGUCAGGCUAGUAGUUUCUUGUUCAACAUUCACUUUUUACUUGUUUUAAUUCAGCAAAAUCUCAGCUGCUCAGGUCACCCCAGCCCAGGCCUGUUGUUUACCUGUCUGCCUGGAAGUGGGAGGGCAGGGCGGGGAUGGGGUGGGAAGGGGGUGGGGCAUGUGUGUGUGUGUGUGUGUGUGUGUCUUUGGGGGGUGUUUCCCCAGUGCCCAUGGAGUGCCACCCUCCUGGGCUGCUGCUCCCCAGGGGUACAAUCCUUACCCGCGUCCCUGCCUGCCCCACUGUUGGGGAUCGUUUACAAGCUAAGGAGCUUCUCCUUUCUCUGUGCCAGCUUUGCCCUUGGGAUGGGAGUUUCCGCUGGCCUGUCUUUCGUUGUCAGUGACAGAGAGGAAACUGUAGCAGGCAGCGUCUCCCCAUCUUCCCCGACUCCCCGCCCUCUCCCCGGCCCCUCUGGGCUUCUUCCCCACCUGGGGUUCGAUGUGCUGUUCUCAGCCGGGAAGGAGAGCGGCGGGGGCUGGGUCGGGGCAUCAUCAGGUUUUGCGCAGGGUCAGUAACUCACUUUGGAGUCCCAGUGGAGGCCUCCUUCCACUCCCUCGCCCUGCUGUCUCCGCGGUCAGAGGGGAUUUCUUGGUCAGGCUGGACUGGCCGGAGAGGUGGAGAAGUUCCCAUUUGAAACACCAGAGGGCGGUAGAACAACGUGGACGGUUGGAGUUGUGACCAGCGCAGAGCUUUGUAUCUGAAUAUCUGUGCCUGACCAUCAAGUUUAACCUGGCUUGGGCUUCCGAGCUCCAAGUGCAGAAGUCAGCGGGGGAGAGAGCUCCAAACCCACCCACUUUGACCUCCCCUGCCCCACCCGGUCUCUCUACCCUCCACCCCCGCCUGCCCUCCACACUCCCUGGGCUCCCAGCCCCCGUGCGCUCGAUGGCCGGAACCAGCACGAGGCAGAGGACCGACUCCAGGGGAGGGCAACGUGUUUGCAAUUUUUAUUAAAAGUUCUUACUUGCC